UGUCGGAACUUCCCCCUCCCCGCGACCCUUACCCCUCCCCUGGCACUGCUGCAGUGGCCGCUCCCUGGCCCAUAGGAAAUGAGCAAUAAGGAUGACAUCGAGGUGGAGAGCGACGCUGACAAACGGGCUCAUCAUAAUGCACUGGAACGAAAGCGUAGGGACCACAUCAAAGACAGCUUUCACAGUUUGGGGGACUCGGUCCCAUCACUCCAAGGAGAGAAGGCAUCCCGGGUCCAAAUCCUAGACAAAGCCACAGAGUAUAUCCAGUAUAUGCGAAGGAAAAACCACACACACCAGCGAGAUAUUGAUGACCUCAAGCGGCAGAAUGCCCUUCUGGAGCAGCAAGUCCGUGCACUGGAGAAAGCGAGGUCGAGUGCCCAACUGCAGACCAACUACCCUUCCUCAGACAACAGCCUCUACACCAACACCAAGGGCAGCGCCAUCUCUGCCUUCGAUAGGGGCUCGGACUCCAGCUCAGAGUAGGAGCCUGAAGAGCCCCAAAGCAGGAAGAAACUCUGGAUGGAGGCCAGCUAAGCUCUGCCGGGCAGGCCAGCAUAAAAACUGUCUCCUCCGUCGUCUCAUCCUCCUUUCAGUUCAUCCUUAGAACCCUCAGAACCAUUUAAGAGACUCUAUUUUUUUCCUUUCUCUCUUUUUA